GCAGCAAAGCUGCCGGUUGCGAUUGGGGUCCAGCUGCUCCAACACACUCCAUUGCACGGCGGCAGUCAUCCCACGUCGUUUCACCCUGCUUGGUUUCCGAGGAGCAGUCCUGAAAACAGCUCUCCCUCGUCCGCUAUGGCCGCCGCAGAAGCAAAUAGCAGCAUGGAGAACAUGACAGCCAUCUCGGAGGCUUCGUCGCAUUUCCCGGACAACGUUCGACAGCUGACUCCCAUCGAAGACCUCCACUCGCUCCGCUACCACGACAAGGAGUACCUUGACACGGUUAUCAGCAAGGCGAACCGUGGCGACACGUUCUUUCCGGAGACUGUCGACAUCGACCGAAGCCUCGCCAACAGCACUCCAUCGCCAAAGAAGCUGGAGCGCAAGUUCGACUACAACGCGUCGACACCACUGAAAGGCGGCCUGUCAGAGGCACAGAUGCAGCCGCAGCCUCAACUGCAAGCAAACAGACCUUCCCAGUUCAGCUUCCCGCAGAAGCCCCGCAACAUCUUCAACCUCAGUCCAGAGUUCGUCUCCCUCCAGCCCGGCUUGAAGGGCUCCACCAACAUUGACGGUUCCAUCAACCCGGUAAAGGGCGCCUUCAACCUCUUUGACAAAAGCGCCUCCUUCGCCUCGGGCAACAACUCCUCCCUCGGAUCCCGCUCCUUCAGACGGCCCCGCAAAAGGGUCAGAGGCGCCAACGUGAGCGACAUCUCGUUUGACCUCACCAACAACUCCAGCAGGUUGUCGUUUCCCAGAGAGAGGAGAAGCAACAACGAGUCCAGUUUUGUUUCACACUCACACUCCAAAUUUAUGCAGGGACACACCCUAUCCACCGCAAUGACUCAACAACGCGGCUCCAUGUCAAGGUACGACUACAUCCAUUCGCUGAUUUCCGACCCACAAUGCGUCUCUAAUCUGACACUACUUAUUCAAAUCCUGCUGAACACACUCAUGGUACUUGUGUUUCUUGGCUUCAGUCUGGUGGCCUUCUUUGCAAUCAAGCGAGACGUCGACCACAAGAUCUCAUCUUACGUGAACGAUGCAAUUCACAAAAUCAACUCUUGCAAACGGGAGUAUUUUCGAAAUAACUGUGCUCCGGAAAUGCGUGUGCCCGCUCUAGAGUACAAGUGUAAUGAGUGGGAUACCUGCAUGGGCAAGGAUCCACAAUCCGUCAUCACGUCCAUGGCUUACUUCGAAGUGAUGGCAGACUGCAUGAACGCUUUUUUCCACAACAUCUCCAUCAAGUCCUUACUCGGAAUAGGGUGCUUGAUGUUGUUUUGCAUAAUAGUGCCAAAUAUCUUGUUUUCAAAAUUUCGCUCAACCACCAUCCACCAAAAUUACUACAACGGCAAUAACAGCCACAUUGAAAAUGAUACUAAUGAUAUGUUGAAUAUCCAGACAUCAUCUCCCAUGAAACCCUCUGGUGUGGGCGAUCAACAACAGAGAGUUUUACGAUCAGCCGGUAAUAGCACGUUCUUUAGCCCAGUUACAGACAAAGUGAAAAAACCAGCCUCAGCGAGCGACCACCACAACGAUAACAACAAUGUCUCCGGAUCGGUGAGGUUCAACCCUAAUGUCAGCUAUAGUAUGUACGACUACGAAGACGAUAGCAAUGACAGGGGCAAUUUUGACGUCGUCCCUAAUCAACGUGUAGGCGACGAAGAGGACAAUAGCAAUGGUGACGAGGACCAAGACAACGGCAACAACAACGACAACGAAGACGACGAAGAUGAAAAUCUACUUGCCAAUCAACGAAUACUUUUAGAAGAUUGAUUGAGCGAACCCUAUACCAGCCAAAUGUAUAAUACCAUGUAUAUUUACCUAGGUAACUUUCUUUCUUAUUCAAGACAAGUAGAAAGUGGUUACAUUUUUAUUGUACAAUGAGUUAAAUGACUAUAAAUUACAAUUAUAUGGAAAAAAAUGCCUCUGCCAAAAUCAAGCAGUGACCUUCUUACCCAUCAACUGGCUCAAAAGUUCCUGGCUGUUCGAUUUGGUAUCGUUUCCACCGACUGAGCUACUGAACAAACCUGGAGGUGGCUGGAUUGGAGUGCCAGCCGAACUUGUGCCUGCACUCGAGGAACCGUUCAAUGAGUUCUGUUGCUGCAAUUUCAAUUGUUGCUGUUGCUGAAGAAGUCUCUGCUGAAGGAACGCUUGAGUCGAGCUGACAUUGCUAUUCUGGUUUUGUGAAAGUAAUGCUUGUUUGAGCUGUGCUUGUGUAUACUGGUUUUGCAGUUG